AUGGGAUUGCCGCACUCCAUACACUGUUUUCGUGGCUCGGGUGCCUGCCUCUGCAGUGCCUGGCGCAAGCUGAGACCUCCAGGGUCCGACAUAUUCAUACGCUUGAGUCCCUCCAACGCGGCCUCAAACAAGUAUUUUGAUUCCUUGCUGAUUUGGAAUUUGGUGGUGGAUCAAUACCAAACACUUGAUCUCACAUUCGAUCGCGAUAAGCUGGUAGCGAUAUCGGGCUUGGCCAAAAUGCACUCGAAAUUUCUCAACACCCAAUACCUUGCUGGGAUGUGGCUUGCGAAUCUGCCUGAGCAGCUUCUCUGGCACAGGGACUUAAGUCAAGCCCCUAGGCCUUAUAGCGAGUAUGUAGCUCCGAGUUGGUCUUGG